AUGGAACCCGCUAGUACUACUCGUGUUCGCUUGGCGGUCCCAUCAGCUAAAGAUUGGGAUCAUUAUCGUGAGACGAUCACUGAGUUAUACCUCAAGCGGAACAUGUCGUUACCUAGACUCAUGUCACAUAUGCGUCAGGAGUAUGGCUUCCGUGCUACUGAGAAGAUGUAUAAGCUACGCUUUACAGAAUGGAACCUCAAAAAGAACAUGACGAAAAGCCGCAGUGUGGCAUGCGUGCACAUCACUGGCAGUAGUCAGACGGAAACCAAUAAGCUCAAAGAGUACUAUCGUAGACAGCCAGAGGAGAAACGUCGAGAGCUUCUAGAAACUCUUCUUCAGCCACUAAUCGGCAAGACACCACUCACCAUUACUGCCCCAGGGGUGUCACUUGCACCACCAGCCGAUCUCCUUACCCAAGAAUAUCGCUUCCAUCUCCUCAAUACCUACGUUAGAGGAUCGUCAGAGGACAAUAAAUGGCCAAGAGACGCUAAGAGCGGCUUCAAGAACGAGGACAAUGUUCCAGCUUGGUGUAGCUCGGUCUCGUCAGCAUCUCUGGCUUUGAGAGAAGAAAAGGAGGGCGAAGCAACUAGGUUCCUACAGCACUUCAUUAAGCAGUCCCACGAACAACUCCAGCGCCAAGACCCAUUGAUAUUCACUUUCAUAUAUACAUCGGUUCUCUUCUUCGCUACAAGUCGGCCAGGCGUGGCCCAAUGGCUUUUGAACUCUCUAUACAAUGUCUCAGAGACCCUCCCAUGGGCUGGAUCUUCACACCCACUUCGUCUGCUCCUCCAAGUCAUGCUGCAGCUAGGACCGACGGGUAUAGUGGGCCAUGCCAAGUCGAUUAUUCUUGCAUACAUCAACAUGAUCUACGAAUCUCUCGGCAAGGUCUAUCCAAUCAUACAAGACAUGAUGUCUGAUACCAUCUGGCGACUUCUCCGCUAUAAGCUCAUGAGUCCCGAAGAGGUCGCUACUUUGGGCCGUGGACUUGUGUUGGCUGCCGAGUUACAGAACCUACAUCGAUGCAAGGACCAUAUCAAUCUCAAGAUGCAACUGGCAGAUGCAUACUUGGAAUCUGGAAACUAUGCGGAGGCACGUAGAACGGCAGAAGAGAUCAAAGAUGUUGAGUAUAAGAGCGAGAGGAUGAUGCCUUCACUGUAUAUGCUGAUAUCAAGGAUUGAUGAAGCGGAAAAGGGGGCAGAGGGCGCCAUUGAGUCAGCACUGAGAUCUGUGGUGGUGAGUAUGGAGGUCUUUGGGAAAUGGUCUGACUGGACUGUGAACUCGUUGGAUUUCUACUGCAAAGUUCUCAAGCGUGCUGGGAGACUUGAUGAGGCAACGAGAGUGGUCCAAGAUCGUGACUUGGCGAUUGAGAAGUUGUGUGACAAGUUGGAGGGUUCUAGCGUCGCGGCCUCGGACUGA